CUCGAAGUACCUACAACAAUUUUAUUUUCUGCUGAACUACUGCUGCCGACUGUUGACGUCGUAAAUACGUCAAAUUUAUUUCGAGUUGGUUAUCUUCCCCGCCUAAUAUUAUAAAAGUUAAACGUUAUCCGUGUUCCAUUUUUGAACUGCAUGAAUUUGAUAAACUAUAAUCGGAUUUAUUACAUCUUGAACACCGAACAUGGACGGACGAGUAAAUUUAGACGAGCCUCGUUGGGAUCAGACUCAAUACUGGGGCCGAGUAAAGUACUUUUUAACCACCACUAAUCCGUUAAAUGUUUUCAAAUCAAAUUCUGAAUUAGAGAGAUGCAAGCAAAUCGUUACCAGUUAUAAAAAUGGUGAAAAUAUACCAGAUGGAUUAACAUUAAAUGAUGUCUACAAGGCAAAAGAUGUGGUUGAUUCUGCGUACCAUCCGGAAACAGGAGAAAAAAUGAUCAUCUUUGGAAGAAUGUCAGCUCAAGUGCCAAUGAAUAUGUUGAUUACUGGCGGUUUGAUCACGUUCUACAAAACAACACCGGCAGUAAUUUUUUGGCAGUGGUGCAAUCAAUCAUUCAACGCUCUGGUCAACUAUACAAAUCGAAGUGGAAACUCACCGAUGCCCCUAGAUCAAGUUGCUAAAUCGUAUGUAUUAGCUACCAGUGGCGCUCUUAUUACAGCAUUGGGUUUGAACAGAUUAGUUAAAAGAUUACCUCCUAUUGCCGGACGUAUUGUGCCAUUUGUAGCUGUUGCUGCAGCCAAUUGUAUUAAUAUACCCCUCAUGCGAAAGAAAGAGCUGGAUGAUGGGAUUGAGGUUUUCGAUGAAAAUAAAAAUUUCCUCGGUGAAUCCCAGGUGGCUGCUCGUGAAGGAAUUUCAGCUGUAGUGUUAAGUCGUAUUGUGAUGUCUUCUCCGGGAAUGAUCAUAACGCCAGUAAUAAUGGAAGCAAUUGAAAAAAGAGGAUUGUUAAAAAAUAUGAAAUGGGCGCCAGCACCUUUACAAAUUGCAUUGUGUGGAAUGUUUUUAACUUUUGCGACUCCAAUGUGUUGUGCAUUGUAUCCGCAAAUAUCACCUAUAUCAAUUGAUCGACUUGAACCUGAGUUACAGAAAACGGCGCAAAAAUGUAAUUCGAAGAUGGGAUACUACAACAAAGGACUAUAAAUAUCAACGUUCAAUUGAAAUACAUAUUUGUUAUUUAUAGAAAAGUAAAAAUUGCCGUUGUUGCUGGUAUUGCGGUGUAGCUAUCAUCUACAAUUUUUGCAUUGUUCUAUGCUCUGUACUCGAUGUAUUGUACUUCUUAUUGAAUUGCGCUAUUCCAAGAUCUAUUAAAAAAUUCAAAUAAACCAUAAACUUGAUCUAUUAUUCAA